AUGGCUUCACCGAGUACCAGUCCCAAGCUGGAAGAGGGCCAGGAUGGCAAGGCUGUCGUCGCAGGCGACAAGGCUCCCGGCGCGGAUGGUGUCGAGGACCUGUCUCUCAAGGGGGAUGACAUCCUAUCUCAGAAUGACCUCGACCCGGCCCUCAACAUGAAGAUGCACCUUAUCAACAAUGCAAUCGAUCAAAUCGGCUGGACGCCGUACCACAUGAAGCUCUUCGUGCUCAACGGCUUCGGCUACGGUGUCGACUCUCUGAUACUGCUUCUGCAGUCCAUUGUCGCCGCCCAGGCCUUCAAGGAGCUCGGCGGGCCCGGCCAGUACGACAAGGGCCUCAAUGUCGCUGCCUACUGCGGAAUGCUCUUCGGUGCCCUGUUUUGGGGCCUCGGCGCCGACAUCAUCGGCCGCCGCUGGGCCUUCAACUGCUCGCUCUUCAUCUGCUCGGCGUCGGCCAUCAUCGCCGGCGCGAUGCCCAGCUGGGCCGGGCUCGGCGUCUUCGUCGCCCUCGUCGGCUUUGGCGGCGGCGGUAACCUCGUCCUCGACACCACCGUCUUCCUCGAAUACCUUCCGUCGGACAAGCAGUGGGUGUUGACCUUGAUGGCCUGCUGGUGGGGUGUCGGCCAGUUCGUAGCCGGCGCGCUGGGUUGGGCUUUUCUGCCUCCUCCAGAGUGGAACUGUGCUACGGCAGCCUCGUGCCCCCGCCAGGACAACAUGGGCUGGCGCUAUGUAUUUUUUAGUGGUGGCGCCCUCGUCUUCGUCAUGUCGGUCCUUCGCGUCACCGUCGUGCGCCUCCGGGAGACCCCCAAGUACCUCCUGGGCAUCGGCGAUGAUGCCGGGGCCGUCGAGGCGCUCCAGGCGAUCGCGUCCAAGUACAACCGCCCCUUCACGCUCACGGCCGAGCAGCUCGUGGCCUGCGGCGACGUCCAGUCGGCGCACAGCAAGAACCGCUUCUCGGUCGGCGAGACCCUGGUGCACCUGCGCGGCCUCUUCGCCACGCCCCUCAUCGCCCGCUCGACCCUGAUGGUCUGGCUGUCGUGGACGCUCAUCGGGCUCGCCUACCCGCUCUUUUACGUCUUCCUGCCCGACUACCUCGCGGCCCGGGGCGCGGCGCUCGACGUGUCGACCUACAGCAGGUGGCGCAACUACAUGCUCGUCAACGUCUCGGGCAUCUUCGGCCCCGUCCUCGCCGGCUUCCUCUGCAACGUCAAGAUCCUGGGCAGGCGCUACACCAUGGUGAUCGGGGCACUGGCGACCAUGGCCUUCUUGCUCGGCUACACCGAGGUGCGCACGGCGGAUCAGGACCUGGCCUUCUCGUGCACCAUCGGCUUCCUGCUCAACAUCUACUACGGCACCCUAUACGCCUACACGCCCGAGGUGCUGCCGAGCGCGCACCGCGCCACGGGCAACGGCGUGGCCGUCGCGUGCAACCGCGUCAUGGGCAUCCUGAGCAACGUCGUGGCGACGUUUGGGGACACGAGGACCACGGCGCCCAUGUACGUCUGCGCCGCGCUCUUUGUCGGCAUGGCCGUCGUCAGCGCCCUGUUCCCCUUUGAGCCCUACGGCCGCAGGAGCUCGUGA